AUGGCAUCGACAGAUCCCGUAUCUUUUAUCACAAGAUUAAAUACUUUGGCGAAAGAUCACUUCAACAGUUCAAACAGUUUACUCCCUGUAACUGAGACCUUCGCAACAAAUAACAUACAAAAUUGGGAAACUACUCACGCCGAUCUAUGCUCAAAAUUUUCCAAUUUACAAACAGAUGAUGAAAAGGAAGAUUGGUUGAAGAAAUUCUUCCAAGAAUUAUUUGAAAUAAUCCUUCAGAAUAUAACAAAUAAGGUAACCCUACCACUCCAGAAAAUUGCUAAAACAAUAAAUGAACUAUGUCUUACGAAAUCGCCAGGUUCAAGGACUAAUUAUUCAUCUAUGGUGGGCAAAUUAUUCAUUGCUGUCUCAUCUAGUAUCCCAACAAUUUCAAACACAGGUACCACUGAUUUACUGAUAUUAUUAAAAUCAAUUCCAAUGAUCCAAGAUGAAAUUUUCAAAUUCAGUUGGUUAUCAUCCAAACUAAUAUCGAAAAAUCAAACUGCAUUAUUAAGGCACCUACUAAAGAAAUCCAAAUAUGAAUUGAAGAAAUUUAAUUUAUUUUUUGAAAACUCCGUAGGCUAUUCUGAAUUGGCUGUUCUUUUCUUUAUGGCAUACUCAGAUAGUGAUAACUUCAUUAAAAUUGAUUAUUAUUUAGAUCAAAUGUACAUGAUUAUUGGGAAAUUCUCGCUGGAUUCAUUAAGAUCGUUGGAUUUAUUCUUGAUUGUUUCAAAUGAAUAUCUAACUAAUCAUUAUAGAUUUAUUAUUGAAUUCUUGAAAAGAUCAGACUUCUGGCCUAAAAGUGAUGUGGAAAACAUAGUAGCAGCCAACAUUGUUGCAUUUUAUUUGAAUAAAAACAAUAGUGUAACAAAUUCAAACGAAGAAUUUACAAACCAAGAAGAAGAAGAAGAAGAUAUACAAAGGUCUAAUAAUCACCAAACAGAAUUUGUUGAUAAUUAUAUCGAUUUAUGUUGUCUUUUAAUCAAGAAUGGAUUCAUAGAGUUUUUAACAUUAUGGCAUAAUUUAGUUCCUGAAAUAGAAGAUUUGGAAUCAUUUUUAGAUGAUUUUGAAAAUAAUUUAGAAUUAGCAUCAAUGAAAGGUAUUGAAAAUCCAUUAGCAAUGGCUGCGGCUUUGACCAUGGACGAUGAUGAUAAUUAUUCCUCUGAUAAGAGAUCAAGAAAUGUUCAGAAAGAAGAAGGAAUUGAAGUUGCUGUGGAAGAAACCGACAAAGAGGAGAAACUUGAGAAAGAAAAAGAAAAUAUAAGAUUACGAAUGUUAAACAGUGGGAAAAUCAAAUUAUUGAAAAGAUUAUUAACUCAUGGCUGUCUUGAAGAGAGUAUUUUCAUUUUACAGAAGUAUCCAAGAGUAAAACUAAUAGAUGAUGAAAUUCCAAAAUUAUUGGUCAGGAUUUUCGAAUAUAUAAUUGAACCCAUGUAUGAAAAAACUCAAUUUUCUCGCAGUAUAAAUAGGGAUAAUGCAUUAUCCACUGCAUCCUCUUUAAUAGCAGUAGAGAAUGAAAUUUUAUCUGUCAAACCAAAAUUAUACACAGAAUUAAAAGUUCAUGAUCCAUUCUGUCCAUUUGAAUUAAAUACAUCUUUCCAAUUUUAUUAUCCAGAAUGGAGCCAGAAUCUAAAACAAGUUAAUAGCAUGGAAGAAUUUUUCAAAAUAUCUCAUGAAUUAUACUCGUUAUUAGGUCCGUCAUUGGCCAAAGGUCCUACUUUAAUUACUAAAUUAUGCCGUAUAGGUAUAUUUGAUAUUUAUGAAAAUAAAGAAUCUACUGAAACCAUUGAGAAAUGGGUCGAUUAUGUAAGAACAUUUAUUUUCCCCACGAUACCUGUCUUAGAGUCGAACCCUAUGGUAACUACUGAAAUUUAUUCCAUAAUGAAAUUUUUCCCAUUUGAAAGAAGAUAUUUUAUGUAUAAUGAAAUGAUGACCAAAUUGUCUCAAGACUCGUUGAUAAUAAAAGUGAAUUUUAAUAAGGCAGAAAGAGAGGCUAAGGUGAAAUUGAAAAUCUUAAGUACUGAUACCAUCGAUCAAGAAGCAAGAGAAUUCUCUAAACUUAUUUCAACAAAUCCAUUGGCAACAUUAGUGCCAAUUGUUAAACAAAUUGAAAAUUAUGAUAAAGUUGCUGAAUUAAUUAUUAUAACCACUAAAUUAUUCAAUGAUUUUGCAUAUGAUGUUCUUCAAUACGUUAUUUUAUCACGUUUAACAUUGACUAGACCGGCUGUUCAGUUUGAUGGUGUUAAUCAAGCUACAUGGGUCUCGAGAUUGGCUACAUUCAUUGCUGGUCUUGCUAAGAAUUCUCCAAAUAUGGAUAUCACAAAUAUAAUCACUUAUAUUACAAAAACGCUUCAUAACGGUAAUAUCAUUGCAGUAACUGCAUUAAAAGAAUUGAUUAUUACAGUAAGUGGUAUUAGAGAUCAGAAUAACAUUAAUUCCAAAUGUUUAAUUAUGCUAAACUCUGGAAGUCAAUUAAAGCGUGCAGCUAGAAAAAUUAUCUUCGAUUUUAGGGAUGAUAAUUUUCCAUUGGCUUCUAAUUUAGUCUCAUAUUUUGCAAGGCAAAAUGCCAUAUCAGAAAUUAUAUUAUUAUUGUUCAAGUUGAAUUUAGCUGCUAAUACACAAGAUUUCCAUUAUAAAAUUCUGUCAUCAAGAUGUGACGAAAUGAAUACUCUCUUAUGGUCUUUCAUCGAAUUGGUUAAGUUCUGUUAUAAGAACAACGAAGCUGCUUUUGAGGAAAAUGUUAUCGGUUUCAAUACUUUAAUCAAUGAAUAUCAUUUCCCAACAUCAUGGGCAUUCCAUAUUUGGAGAGAUUACUUUGAAAAUCAAUCAAGAAAAUUGGAGGAGUUCAAAGGAACGGAAGAUGAACCCCAAUUUACAGAACUAAAGGAAAAAACAGAUCAUAAUGAUAAAGUUUUAAUGGAUGCCCAAUACGUGGGACCAAACCUAUUAGAGUUCCCAAAGGACUUCUUUAUUACUUUUUGGAAGUUAUCACUCUAUGAUAUUCGUUUCGAUAAAACACUUUAUGAUGAACUGAAAGAAGAUCUAGAAACAGAAAAAUUGAAGUGUACAUUUGCAAGAAGAAAGCAUAUAUUGUCUAACCAUAUAAAAGAGCUAUUAAUUAAUUGUAUCUCGCAUCAAAGAACAUUCAACAAGACGAAGCAAAUGUUUGAAGGUACAAAAACAGCUGGAUAUGAACGUUUUUCCGAAGGGGAAAUAAGAACAUUUUUGCAAUUUUGCAUAAUACCACGUGCGAUUUUCUCACCUUCGGAUGCACUAUACUCCUCUUAUUUCAUAUUACAAGUAUUUGAUACACAGAAUAUGUUUGAGAUAUAUGGCAUAUUAUUUAAUUCAAAAAUAUUACCAACUUUAUUGUUCAGUUGUACUACUUCAGAAGCAAGUAAUUUAGGUAUAUUUUUCAUGAAUCUAUUAGAAUCACUGGAGUCUAACAGAAAACAAUCACAAUAUACAAAUGAAGAAUGCCAGCAGAUUUUUACUUGGUACUGUUCAUUGACCGACCAAAUUGUGCAAUUAUUAAUGGAAAAGAAUUACAUGUCCAUUAGAAAUGGUAUUGAAUUUAUGAGACUUGCUUCGAAUGUUUUCCCAGUUAUCGAUUCACAUAUUGGAUUAGUCAGUAAAAUUUUAGAAGCUAAUUUGGUCAGCGAAGAGAGAGAAGAUAUCAUAUUACCAACCAAUGCACUACUAGGCCAUCUGAAAGCUCGUUUAAGGAAACACCUUGUUAAGGAAGAAGAUGUCUAUAAGUUCGACGAAUUGGAAAGGAAAGCUAAAGAACUGCAUGAUGCUGAAAUUGAAGAAAUCAAAGCCUACCAUACUUUAUUACAAAACGAGAAAAAAGAAACUGAGUUAAGGAAAAAACUUGAAUUUAAUAAGAAACGAAGGGAAGAAUCGCAGAAAAGGGUGGCAGAAAACUCGGUUCCAGCUGAUGAAGAAUCCAAGAACAAAUAUUCCACUAUGAAACGUAGUGAGUUGCCUAACGGUAAAGUUUUGACACUUAUUGAUCGAAUCGCACGUUCAUUAGUUAAGGGCGAGGUCGUAAAUGCAAUCGAUAUGCUUGAAGAUGGCCAUGAGAAGGAUGACGCAAAGAAGUUGUUGAGGAUGACUAUUCCAAUAAGAGAAUUCCGACAUGCGAUGUUUGAAAUAUUUUUAGAUUAUUUCAAGUCCGUAUUACCCACGAACCACGGUAGAGAUGUAGAUGAUAAAUUUGAUUACCUAUCAAAAGUUUGCCAGCACAUUCCGGAACAAAGAAAUGCGACCGUCAGUGACAUAUACGCAGAAACCACAGGAGACGAAAAAUCAAAUAGAGUCAGCAGAUAUAAUUUAGAUAAUAGGUACGAAAACAGAGCUUCGGCGACUGGAAGAGAACAACCCAAAUCAUCCCAUAAAAACAAUUUCUCUGAUAUUCGUCCAUCCAGAAGCCCAACUAGGGUGUUUUCAAGAACGGCUAGACAGGGAAUAAAUGAACAGACUAAACUUACAAAACCAUCUAGUGAUGUGAAAGGGUUUGAUAAGUCGAAGAUCCCUGCAGCCCCAGUUUUUGGAAGCACUCCAUCCGGACCAUCUAAACCAACAGCCGCAGUGCAACCACAACAUCUCCCAACUAAACCUUCGACUAAGAAUCCGAACUCGAUUGCCCCUCGGCAAAUGAGAACUUUUGGUAAAGAAGUUCCAAGAAAGCAUGAACUAUCAUCUACAAUGGAAGAAAGAAAUAUGAAGAGAUUUAAGAAAGAGGUACCUCGUGAUAGUUCUCAAUAUAGAAGACCUCAACAGGAUUAUAGACCUCCAAGAGAUAACUCUGGUGAUCGUUCAAGAUUUAAUAGAAAUGUACCUUCUUCAAACAUAUCCCAUAAUAGAGAUCCUAGACCAACUGCAGAUCGGAAUAGACCUACCAAAGGUAACGGGUUACCUCAGGGUCCAAAGGGUUCCUCCUCUGGAAGUCGCUAUCAAAAAUAA